AUGAGUACAGAUUUCGAACGUAUCUUUCUGAAUCAGUCCAAGUCCAGCGGGAGAUUCCGGAUUGCGGACUCUGGUUUAGGGUGGAAAAUCUCGAGUAGCGGUGGGUCGACCGCAGGCCAGCAAAAAGCGCCGUUGCUUCUGCCAGCGACCGAAUUGGCGUCUGUGCAAUGGAGCAGAGGAUGCAGGGGCUAUGAACUGAAAAUAAACACGAAAAACCAAGGUGUGGUACAAUUGGAUGGGUUUUCGCAAGAGGAUUUUAACUUGGUCAAAAACGACUUCAAAAGAAGAUUUAAUGUGCAAGUAGAUAGCCGUGAUCACUCCCUGCGGGGCUGGAACUGGGGAAAAGCCGACAUGGCUCGUAACGAAAUGGUUUUUUCUUAUAAUGGCAAACCAACUUUCGAAAUUCCGUACGCGCACAUCAGCAACACGAAUUUGACGGCCAAAACCGAGGUGGCCAUCGAAUUUGACCUCACCAAGGAAGACUAUAACCCAGCCGGGGACGAGCUAGUCGAAAUGCGGUUCCACGUCCCGGGCACCAUUCAGGACGAAAACGAAAACGAAAACGAAAACGACGAGAAACCCAAAGCAGAGGGAGAAGAGCAAGACGUGGACAUGCAGAAAGAGCAGAAACCUGCAGCAGAAUCUUUUUACGAGGAACUCAGAGAGAAGGCCGAUAUCGGAGAGGUCUCAGGUGACGCCAUUGUGUCCUUCCAAGACGUUUUCUUCACCACCCCAAGAGGCCGUUACGACAUCGAUAUUUACAAGAACUCCAUCAGAUUGAGAGGUAAAACCUACGAGUACAAACUGCAACAUCGCCAAAUCCAGAGAAUUUUCUCGCUGCCCAAGGGCGAUGACAUUCACCACUUGAUGGUACUGUCAAUCGAGCCACCCUUGCGCCAGGGUCAAACGUCGUACCCAUUUUUGGUUAUGCAGUUCCAAAGAACAGAAGAAACCGAAGUGCAGCUCAAUGUGGAAGACGACGAGUUUGAGGAGCUGUACAAGGACAAGCUCAUGAAACAGUAUGACGCUCAGACCCACGUUGUUCUGAGUCACGUACUGAAGGGUCUGACAGGACGCAGGGUGAUUGUUCCAGGCCAAUAUAAGUCCAAGUAUGACCAAUGUGCGGUAUCGUGCUCUUUCAAAGCGAACGAGGGUUAUCUGUAUCCGCUAGAAAGCGCCUUCCUCUUUCUCACAAAACCAACCAUCUACAUGCCGUUCAGUGACGUCAGCAUGAUCAACAUCUCCAGAGCCGGUAAGUCCACCACGUCGGCAAGAACCUUCGAUCUCGAAAUCGCUUUACGUGCCAACGCUGGAUCAACCACUUUUGCAAACAUUUCAAAAGAGGAACAGCAGCUUCUGGAGCAUUUUCUCAAGUCUAAAAACCUAAGGGUCAAGAACGAAGAAAAGGAAGCACAGCAGAGAUUGGAGAACGCUUUGGGGUCCGACAGUGGCGAUGAGGAUGUGAACAUGGGUUCCGCCGGUGAGGACGACGAGUCUGUGGACGAAGAUUUCAACGCCAGUUCGGAGGACGACGAUGUGGCAGAGGAAUUUGACUCAGAUGCCCCAGCCAGCGACAGCGAGGCUGAAGGCGACGAUGAUAGCAGACCGGCCAAGAAAUCAAAACUCCAGUAG